CCACAGUGCACCGCGCUUCCAGAGGCAAUUGUGUCAGCGCCGCUGGGAGGAAGGAGGGCUGUGAGCGCGGUGCAUUGUGGGAUAAGGGAUAGGUAGGGACAACCUGAGAGCCAUGGAGGGCAGCAAGGAUGCGCCAGGUGAGUCCCUCCCCCCGUCCAGCCCCUCUCAUAGGCAGCCAGGGAAAGUCAGCCGGUGGUUUGGAGUCACAAUGCCCAAAUCAGUGAAGACCAAUGUGAACAUUCUGCACCAGGAGAAGCUGAUUGCCCAGAAGAAGCGAGAGAUUGAGGCCAAGUUGGAGCAGCAAGCCAAGCGGAACCACUUGGCCAGUCAGCAGGCCACGCAGGCCAGCGACGACGAUAGCGGCGAUGGCGAAAGCUCCGUUUCUAACAAAUUUGCCAACGAUGGGAGUUUCCUCCAACAGUUCCUCAAACUGCAGAAGGAGAAACUGGGGAGUGAUGCUUCCUCCAGCUCUGCCAAGACCUCUGCGGCAACCCCCGCAGCAGCGAGCACUGUGAAGAAGGCUCCCUUGAGCGGGAAGCGCCCCAACCUGAGCGUCACCAGCAUGCUGAACCAGGUCAAAAACUACACCCAUUCCAAGCAGACUCCUGUGACCAACCGCCUCAGCGUCUUCCAGUCUCCGGACGAGGAAGAGGAAGAUGACUAUGAGCAAUGGCUGGAGAUCAAAAUUUGUCCCCCAGAGGACAUCCGGACCCGCCGAGUCGUAGAGAAGCUGGCCAGGGUUGUGGCGGAAGGGGGCCCCGAUCUGGAGAAGGUCGCACUGGAAGACUGCAAGGACAACCCGACGUUUGCGUUCCUGCAUGAUAAAAACAGCCCAGAGUUUCUGUAUUACAGAAAGAAACUGGCAGAAAUGUGGAAGAAGGGCCAAGAUCCAGAGGAGGCCUCUUUGCAGAAAGUUUCACCUCCAGAGGACGAAGAGACCAAGGACUGCGCAGAGAAGCUGGCCAGGUUUGUGGCAGACGGGGGCCCUGUGGUGGAAAUGGUCGCCCUGAAGAACCAUCGGGAGAACCAGUCUUUCAGGUUUUUGUAUGAGCCCAGCAGCUCCGGCUACAAGUAUUACCGGCAGAAGCUGCAGGAGUUCCGGAGAGCCAACGAUGAUGCUGAGGGCGUCCCGCCCAUCCCAGAAGCCACCCCGAAGCGGAAAGCCCCCCCCGAGGGGUGGACAGCCGCCGCCUCUUCCUUGCCAGCUGCACCUACGCCCCCUCCCACAAAGCCGGCAACUGCGCCUGCUGCGAAGAAGAAGCGUAAAAGCCGAUGGGGCCCCGAAGAGGAGAAGGUGGACUUGCCUCCCCCUGAGCUUGCUCAGCAGACAGAGGACCCCUCGCCUACCCCGUUAUCUGUCCAGGACCUCAAGGGGCUUGGCUACGAGAAGGGGAAGCCAGUUGGGCUGGUGGGCGUGACGGAGCUCUCAGACGCCCAGCGGAAACAGCUGAAGGAGCAGCAAGAGAUGCAGCAAAUGUACGACAUGAUCAUGAAACACAAGCAAGCCAUGCAGGAGAUGCAAAUCAUGUGGGAGAAGACAGUCAAAGACCACCAGUCGGGCUACGAUAGCGACGAGGAGGUAGACAGUGAGCUGGGCACCUGGGAGCAUCAGCUGAGACGCAUGGAGAUGGACAAGACGAGAGAGUGGGCAGAGCAGCUGACUCAGAUGGGCCGGGGGAAGCAUUUCAUCGGCGACUUCCUGCCACCUGAUGAGCUGGAGAAAUUCAUGGAGACUUUCAAAGCCCUGAAGGAAGGCCGUGAGCCUGACUACUCGGAAUACAAGGAGUUCAAGUUGACUGUGGAGAACAUUGGCUAUCAGAUGCUGAUGAAGAUGGGCUGGAAAGAGGGCGAUGGUCUGGGGAUGGAGGGACAGGGCAUCAAGGCCCCCGUCAACAAGGGAGUGACGGCAGUGGACGGGGCAGGAUUUGGGAUUGACCGCCCAGCUGAAUUGAACAAGGAAGAUGACGAGUAUGAAGCCUUUCGCAAGCGGAUGAUGUUGGCCUACAGGUUCCGGCCCAACCCACUGAACAAUCCGAGGCGUCCAUACUAUUGAGACUCGGCAGACCACUUUUUCUCCUCUCCCCCCCCCUUUUCAUAUUGUUGGUUGGUUUGUUUACCGUGACAUGUUUAUAAAAUCAACAUUACCUUCCAUCCUUUUCUUUCCUUGGAAAAUACUCUGGUUUUUAAAGCUCAGGCGCCCCAUCCACUUCACCCGCCCCAGGGCGAUUGGGGGCCUCCUGCGGCGUCUUCACAGAGCUUCUCCCCCACACACAUACAGAGUUUUUUUAAAAAUGCAACCCUCCCAGAGUUAGAGAAGAAUCAGGGUGAUGCCAGCGCCUGGAUUGGGUGAGCCUGUUUGAAAAAGACACGCACACGAGAUAACCUGAAGAGCCCGUCGUAAUGGGCUUUGUGUCUCUGGGAGUUGGCAUCGAAAUAUUAGCUAAGUAACGUGCACACGGUUAGUUGAUCUUACUCAGUUUGAAUUUGGGCGCUGAAGGAAUCUUCUGCUCCCUCUGACUGCUCAGAGACCUGUGUUGGUGACCCGUAUUGGCAGUAGAGUAAGGGGUGUGUGUUAUGUCAAUACUGCUAUAAUCAUAUAUACAUGCACACAUUGACCCACUUAGCAGCAGGAUGCAAUGGGUGUGACGGUGCUGAUCCUGGGGAGAGGCAGGCAGAACUUACGGGUCCUUACUCUCCCCAGACAACGGCAAAGCUGUGACCCAGUUCCUUUUCUCUGCCCAUCCAUUCUAAAAAAAGAUUUUUCAGAAAAAUCCAGAUUAUGGUGUAAGAGCGGCUUUCACAGGCCCGUUAAGGGUCGCUCCUGCCCAGACAUUUUUCCCCGCCACACAGCUCUAGAGCACAAGCAGAGAGUAGAUCUGCCGUUGUUCCGUUUUGGUGUGUGUGUGCUUGGCUUGUUUUCCCCUCCCUUGCUAGAAGCAGAAGUUCAUUUCCUUGCUGUGCCAAGUUUGCAGUGAGAGUCCUUACCUGGAUGGAUUCUUACAAGCGACCAGGUUUGCCCCAAAGGAGGUGGUUUAGAGGGGGAGAGGGGGUAGAGAGGCGAAAGAAGUUUCCUGCCUGAAAUGUCUAGGAAAACCCCAAAGCUGUUUCCCAAACACACACAUUUUGGUUAAUCUCUGCUUCCCCCCCCCUCUUUCUCCCUGCACACCCCCAAAGCAAUGUUUACUACUUUUCUAAUUAAUUUUUGAGUAGAUUUUGCGGUGGCAUGUCCUUUUCCUGUUUCGUUUUUGCUUUUUCAUCUUUAAACGAUAAAACUGUAAGGUUUGGCUUUCAAGCAAGUUUAAUAAAGCUUGUCAACAAAUAAGGUGCGUCUGGGAGGGGGAGUCAUUCUUUUGGACCCCACGAAGAUCACGUCGCCCACUUUGAAGGUCCCGCGUUUUGCUUGGCGCUAAGGAGCGAGUGCCGCGCUCUGCAGGAAGCUGAGCAGGCAGCAGCAAGCACCAACGGAGAUUGAAGGAGGAGAGAGUGGAUGUUUUGGGGAGGGAGGGGGAAAUGUGGGUCCUCGAAGAUGUGGAGGACAGUUGGAAGAGCGCCUGGAAUAUUAGACCCUGUUUUACAAGCGCCCAGUCCAACAGGCAGGCGACAGGGCCCUUGCAACUUUGGAACCCGUCUUUGUGCCAGCCAGCGUAGCGUGGUUUGCCUUUGCCACUCCUGGUGCCAUGCAGCCCCUUGAGGGUAGUCUUAGCUGGCAGAGCCAGCUGGAGAUCGAAGGCCAACUUUUUCUUCCGUCUAUGGGAAAUCUCAAGCGAGAGGAGCGUGGUGAUUUGGGUACACUACACUGCUUGACUGUAAGUGGCUUGGGAGCAGAGUUGAUGCUCCCAUUUUAAUCUGUGGAGGCUGGGGCAAAUGGAGCAGUGCCCCACCAGCUUCAGGCUGCCUGCAGCCAGGCUAUCUCGCUUCCAACCAGCUGGGGGAGAGGGGUUGCAUUGCCUUUCAGCUGCUUUCUCCUCUUGUUUCAGGGUUGCCCCUUGUAGAUCUCAUCAGGGAGGAGGCAGACGGGGACAAGACUAGACUUAGCCAGCUGUGCCUGUCGUUGGCUUUGCCCACACUUACUGUGCGGGCGUGAUUUCCACUCCACCAGGACCAAUGUCCGCCAGCCACUGCUGAUUUUAAAGCUGUGCACCAGGGGUGUAAUCAUCCAGGGUUUCGGGGAGUCUUAGACCCCUUCCUUUUGGGAGCAAGGUCCCUAUGGCUCCAAUACCCUACAAGCCAAUCGGCAUGAAAGGGGAAUAUGUUAGCCACUGAGAAGAGUCUUCUAAUCUGCUUCCGUGCCCUUUCCUACUGAUUGGAACCAAUCAGAGUGAAAGGAGGUAAGUCUAGAAAUGUGAAGGCCUGGGGGGAAACCCUGAAAAAUUUGGGAAACAGGCUUUUUCCCAAAGCCACUUUUUUUCUGAAAAAUUGGGGGGAAAUGAAGAAAAUAUGGAUUACGGAAUGUUUCAUUUUAGCAUGAUGAAUAAAUUGUUUCAUUGAA